CUCGUCAUUUCCUUAUGUGGAGCGGAGUGAUUCGGGGGCCGGGCCUCAUUGAUUACUGUAGGAAAACACAACUUUAUAACUUUAUUCUUUAUUUUUGGAGGAACUAGAUCAAAUUUUAUGGAGAAAAUACUCUCUGUUUUUUUCGGGUGUUCUUCGGCUGUUCGGCCUGAGCUCUCGGUGAUUUCCGGAGUUUUCCGAUGGACAGAUAGCUUUACUUGUUGCUAAAGUAAUCGCUGACUGGUUAGCCGCAGUUAGCUAGGCAGCGCAGUUAGCCGGGAGCUAGCGGUCCUGUUAGCCGACUCUGCCCGGGCUGGGAACUCCGAGCACCGGGGGCAGUGUCGGUGUUCACACCGCUAGCACAGGAGCUUCUGGAGGAGGAGGCCCGGGGCGGGGGCGGGGGGGGACGCGGCGGGAAUGUUGGCGGCGAGCGGCGCCGGAAUGGGCACCAGAACCGGAGAAGGACGGGCGGGCAACGGAACCGGGCUGAGCAGCCUCGCGGUGAAUGCGGCCGGACCGGGACCGAACGCAGCGUCCGAAACCGACGGAGGCCAGUUUGAGGACCGAGAAUACGGCGCCGAGAUGGUCUACAGCGGCUCCGACCAGGACUCGGACUCCGGGGACGACGAGGACACGGCGGGUUCAGGCGGGGACAGGAGAGGGGUGAAGCGGGAGAGGAGCGAAAGGGAGGUCGGGCAUCAGUCAGCACCCACCUCCGGAGGCCUGAGCGGGGGUUACGUCGGGGUCAGCUCUGGGGUGCCAGGAGCCAAACCCGGCAAGAAAACCAGAGGCAGAGUGAAGAUCAAGAUGGAGUUCAUAGACAACAAACUGAGGCGGUACACAACUUUCAGCAAGAGGAAGACCGGGAUCAUGAAAAAGGCAUACGAGCUGUCCACGCUGACAGGUACUCAGGUGUUGCUGCUGGUCGCCAGUGAGACAGGUCACGUCUACACGUUUGCGACCAGGAAGCUGCAGCCGAUGAUCACCUCGGAGACGGGGAAGGCUCUGAUCCAGACCUGCCUCAACUCCCCUGACUCCCCCCCCCGCUCUGACCCCUCCUCUGACCAGAGGAUGAGCGCCACGGGCUUCGAGGAGACUGACCUCACCUAUCAGGUGUCGGAGGCGGACGGCUGCUCGGAGGUUGCCAAGGACCUGAUCAAACCAGGGUUCACCAUGUCCAACCUGCCUGGCUCCACACAGCCCACGCCCUCCUCCUCCUCCUCCUCUUCAUCCUCUGUGUCCAUGCAGGUGCAGACCAGCACCCCCUCCUGGCAGCCGCCCUCCUCCUCCUCCACCAACGGGACGGUGCUGAAGACAUCCGCAGGUGUCGUACUUCCUGGAGGCUUCACCUUGAUGCCAGGUGCCCCGCUGCCCCCCGGCACACACACCAUCCCCCUCAGCCAGCUGCAGACUCAGCCUCUGGCCAUCCAGGGCCCCGUGGCCCCAGGUCACACCACCACGCUGCACGCUCCGCCCACACAGCCGACCACGCUGCUCCGCCUCCCCGCCACCGUGUCACUGUCAGUCUCACACCUGGAGUCUGUACCUGUGUGUUCAACAGGGGGCGGAGUCUCUCAGCAGCUGCAGACCAUCCAGGUCCAGCCCAGCGGUCAGCAGGCUUCCACCAAUCAGAGCAGCUCAGACAUCCACAGCCCCGCCUCCUCCACAGCUAGUCUCCCUGCAUCCAUCGUCUCCUCCUCCUCCUCUUCCUCCUCCUCCUCAGUAGCAGGUCACAUGAUGUAUCCCGGCAGUCACACAGUGAUGUACGCUGCACCGACGCCAUCACUCGGCGACGGCAGCCUCACCGUCCUCAACACCUUCCCCCCGACAGGCCACACCCAGUCACAUGACCCCGGUGCGGUCCCGCAGGUCUUCCUCACCUCCCUCCCUCCAGUCGCCACUCAGAUCCCAGUGUCUGCAGUCCAGCUCCACCCGAUGGUGAUCAGUCAGCAGAGCAGCAGCAGUAACCUGACGGAGCUGCAGGUCGUCAGUCUGGACGUCCACCAAUCAAAAGACGACUGAGACACUUCCUGUUUACUUCUCUUUGUUUUUCAUCGUCACGUAAACAACAACAACAACAAUAAUAACAUGGCUCAGACUCUGAUCACAGUCAGAGCCACAGAGAGGAGACUGGUCUGAGUCUGAACCAGAGUCUGAUCAGUGGCUCUGACUCUGACGACCGUCUGAACAGGUAUCAUCAUCACUCACCUGUGUGUGUGUGUGUGUGUGUGUGUGUGUGUGUGUGUGUGUGAACAGUAUUAUAUGAAUGUAUCUGUUUUUACUCAGCUUCACUUUGAGAUAAAAAAACAAAAAGUGCCAAAAACACAGAGACGCUGGUUAAAGAACAAACGUGCGUGAAUCAUGUUCACUUGAGCUUUUAGAUGAUUUCACUUCAUUUCUAUAGAAACAGUCAGAGCAGGAGGCAUGAUGGGAGUUUACUCAGCUUCAGUCUGAGCUUCAGGUUUAACCUGGUUUUACAGUCAAGUGUUGGUUGAAGAUGAUGAAGCAGAAACAGACGAUGUUUGAUCGGCUAAUGAACCAGGAACCUGAUCAAUGGAUCAGUGUGAAAAUAUCAGAUGUUUAGAUUGAAGGGUUAAUUUUUGAGGAAGUUGUAUCAGCUGAUCUGAUCAAUAAUGAUCAUGUGAUCAUUUAUCAGGGGAUAACGUCCACAGGUGUGUGGUGAGGUUCAGCUGGGACCUGGUCAGACCUGAGGAUUUUAUUUUAAACUGAUGUUGUUUUAGAUUUUGUGACUUUUGUUAAAGUCAGAUGUUUCUGUUCUUUGCUGAUUUUUCUCUCAGCAUCUCAAACUGAAGGAGGUCAGACCUCAGCUGUUUGACCUCUGAUCUCCUUCAUGUGUUCACAGUGUUUUCAUUUCCUCAUGUAUGAAUGAAUAUUUCUAUUCUGUGGUUUUGUUUGUUAGCUGCAGGUUGUUUCCUGUGAAACAACCAAUAAAAACACUUUUGGAGAGAAAA